AUGAAGGCCUUACCACCUGACCUUGGUAUCCUGUACCGUCAGCGGCUGAAGGAGGCUUCUUCGUCGAACCACGAUGACACGGCAGCGGUUACAGGAGACAAGUCCCAGCAAGUAAAACAUCUGAUGACCUUCCGGCGAAUUCAAGCCGAGGCGAGGGAGGAAGGCACCUUCGACCAAGCCAGCUCAUCAGCAAGCCAGCGGCAUCAUCCACGUGAAUCGCGACCUCUGGAGCUAAACCCGUCAUCUGCAGCACCUCUAUCAACUGAAGUGAGGCCGCCGUACACGCGUCCCUGCCUCCUGGGCAACUUGUCGGACCACACGGUUCUGGAAUGCUCCACGUCGCUCACUUCAGAAGAAAAACGCAGGAAGCUUCAGCCGCACAGGCGUUGCUUCCACUGCGCCAAGCGCAACCACGUUGCCAGUGAAGGCCGACGUGCCAGAAAUUUGAAAUACGCCCACUGUGCUGGCCAACAAUUGACGUCGCUGUGCAACGUGUGUACUCCGACCCAAAACCAAGCAAAGCGUCUGGGCAACGCCUCUGCGCCGUCCGUGCAACGCGCAAGCGGGUCGGAGUCAAUCAACACACCCCCUCCUGCAACAUCUGUGUCCACGAGUUGCACCGGUCUCAUGCCAGUAUUCCUACAAACGGGCAGGGCUUCGGCUGUCGCACUAGCAAGGUCAAUUUUGCUGCGUUUCCUGCUUGACACGGGCAGUCAGCGCACUAUCGUUCGCCAGCACAGUACCAACAAGACCACUAUAGAUGCCCUCGAAGUGCUGGAAAUCUCUGUGGUAACCAGCCCACCAGCGGAUAGCGUGAUCGUCACCAUGAUGACACAUCAAGGUCUUGUUCCCGCUGAUGCACGCUCUGAGGCGACGACUGUCCUGGAGGACGAGAUUAGCAUCCUGAUAGGCUCCGAUCUCUACUGGGAGGUUGUAACCGGACAGAUAACUAGACUAUUGCCACAGGUUACGGCAGCGGAGACCCUUUUUGGGUGGACCAUCCCGGGAACGCUCCACGAUUUACCCAAAGGUUCCGCUGUUCACACCACAUCACUCUUCCUUGCUGUCGGAGAGCCUGCGGCAAACGACGCUUCCCUUGACAUGGACAUCUCUUCUCGGUGGCGCCUCGACACCCUUGGAGUGCAAGAUGAUCCUGACAGUAAACAUGGCACCCACAUGGCUCUGGAGGAAUUCGAACGCCAUGUUUCGAAGAAAGGAGGCCGCUACGAGGUUCCUCUCCUUAUUCGGGAGCCAGGUCUUGACGCCGGCCACAACAACUUCGCCCUUGCUAGGCAGAGGCUCUUCAUGCAGCUCCGACGCUUCAAGCAAUAA